UGAGGUCGUGAGGCAGUGAGGGUGCUGCAGUUUAGUUAGGGUUUCUUUGAAGCAUGAAACAAAACAGCGCCGUUUGGGGAAUUUUUGAAAACCGGCCGGGUCCCUGUUCGGUUCGACUGACCAGCUCCCGGCCGGUUCGGCGGUUCAUCAUCGGUUUUCAAAUUUGGCGGUUGUAGUCUUUAACCGAAUCACAAACCUCGUCGGUUCACGGUUCGACCGGAUGGUUCGAACCGGUUUUAAAAACCUUGGAUUUUUGGCUUUUUCAACUAUACACCUGACUGUAGAAACAUUGGGGACUGGGGAGAGAGUGGGAAGAAAUGGUUACUACUACUAUGUUGUCUGUCCCGAACAUGAGAACACUGGAAACAAGGUUGGGGGCAGGGUCUUACCUUGCUCAACCUUGUUUUUGGUGCAGCUGCAACUUCAAUCCCACAGUUUCAUUGUCAGUAGUAUCAUGUAAAAUUCAAAAGCCUGCCACAGGACUUACUACCAAGAAAACGAAGCUUAAUUCUUCAGACUCAUUGAAUCAAACAGUUGGUGGGCACAACAAGGAGAAGAAGAGAAGAGUGUUCUUUUUAGAUGUUAAUCCACUCUGUUACGAAGGAAGCAAACCUAGCUUGCACUCUUUUCUUCGAUGGCUCUCUCUUUUCCUCUCCCAAGUCAGCCAUACUGACCCUGUCAUUGCUGUUGUUGACGGAGAAAGAGGUAGUGAGCAUCGUAGACAAUUACUACCUUCUUAUAAAGCACAGAGAACAAAGUUCAUGAGACACUUAUCAUCUUCACAGAGACUUUCAAAAGGCUAUGUUGGCAAGUCCUAUCAAGUUAUCAGCGAUGUUCUUCGAAAAUGCAAUGUGCCUAUUAUAAAAGUCGAUGGCCAUGAAGCCGAUGAUGUUGUGGCUACACUUGCAGGACAAGUUCUUGAUAAAGGAUUUCGAGUGGUGAUAGCCUCCCCUGAUAAGGAUUUCAAACAGCUUAUCUCUGAAGAUGUGCAAAUAGUUAUGCCAUUGCCGGAGUUAAGAAGGUGGUCUUUCUACACCCUGAAGCACUACAAAGAUCAGUAUAAUUGUGACCCCCAAUCUGAUCUGAGUCUUAGAUGUAUUGUAGGUGAUGAAGUAGAUGGUGUUCCUGGUAUCCAACAUGUGGUCCCUAGUUUUGGUCGAAAGACUGCUGUAAAACUUAUUAAGAAGCAUGGAUCAUUGGAAAAUUUAUUAGGUGCAGCUGCAAUAAGGACUGUGGGCAAACCAUAUGCACAAGAUGCCCUUACAAAGUAUGCCGAUUACUUACGCCGAAACUAUCAAGUUCUUGCCUUGAAUAGACAUGUAAAUGUUCAACUUUUGGAAGAGUGGUUAGUUGACAGAAACACAAACAAUGAUAAAAUUGCACUAUCCACCUUUUUGAAAUAUUUGGAAGGAAGUAAAGAGUGACUCACAAUGACUAACUCAACGGUUGAAUCCUUACAGAAGAAUUGGCAUGCCAAAAAUUUUAUGUUGCAUAGUUAGAGGGACUCUAAUCUAUGCAAAUGAGAUCAAAGCUGUGUAGGCUAGCAAAGGACCAGCUAAACCUGAGUAGAGAAAGAUUGAGUCACAUUGUCUCGCACAAGAUUGAUCCAUUGUCACCAUAUCAAUGAACAAUAUUCAAGUAAUAGGGAAGAAUUUGAGGCUAUUAUUUAGGCAACACUAAACAAUAAAAUGAUUCAUUGAAGAGUCGAGACAUUUCAAUUUUCAGUGGGUAUUCAUGUUGCUCAAUUUACUUGUGAAAUUGCUUUAAUUACCUUUGUAUUUGCAUUUUGUUGACAAAGAUUUUCGCGAAGAUCCUUUUAUUUGUUAUAAAACAUAAAGAAUUUCAUUAGCAGCAAGAUACUUUUCGAAG